UUGGAUUUACCGGAGCCAAUUCAUCUUCCUAACAAUAUAGGAAAUCCUCGUGUGCCUUUUGUAUUUGUAGGUGAUGCUGCAUUCGGUUUAAAUAAAAAUGUUAUGAGACCAUUUUCUUUACGAAACAUAGACACGCCUAAGAAAACUUUUAACUAUAGAUUGUCUAGAGCCCGCCGCUUUGUGGAAUGUGCAUUUGGUAUCCUUAGUAACAAGUGGCGAAUUUUUCAUUCAAGCAUUAUAAUCAAUCCACAGAGUGCAAAAUACAUUAUAAAAGCUGCUUGUGUAUUACACAAUUUCGUAAGACUCAGAGAUGGUUAUCAAUUUGAAGAUACGAUUCGAUGUGAUAUGGAAGAAUUCGACGAAGUCCAGGCAGUUGGAGGCCGAUCUAGUGGCAUUUCAGUAAGAGAUUCGUUUGUUCAAUAUUUCAAUGGCCCUGGAGCGGUUCCUUGGCAAAACAGGAUGAUACAUUAA